AUGCGGUUCCACCUGCUCGGCGUAGGCUCCAUCGGCUCCCUCGUCGGGUUCCACCUCAAGCGCUCGAUACGCGCACAACGCGCCCACCUCCAGCCCUUGUCCCGGGCGCAGGCACGCAAGAACCUCCUCCUCUCCAACCUCGACCCAAACGGCGGCGACUCCGAUGGCAACAGCGCGGCCGCCAACAGGGCGCUCGUAUCACACAUCCCGCCCCACGUCAGCCCCUUUCUGCCCAACCCGACAGACACCUCAGUCACCCUCCACGUCCGCCAGCGCCUCUUUGCAAAGCAGAUUGACCGCCGCGCCCACAACUCGAUCCUCGUCGAUCGUGCGGGCGUCCGCGGCGUAGAGUCGGGCUUCGUCGUCGAAAGGUCGAGCGCCGCCUCCGACGUCGUCUCGUCGCUCGUGCGCACAGACGACCGCCACCGCAGGCCCGCUCAGUUCCAGAUCUCGCGCGCCUCGGGGCCCAGCGCCGCCUCCACGACCUACGAUGCACCCAUCCCGGACGGCGACGGCGGCGUGUCCCUCAUCUCGUCGAUCGAGGGGCGCUACCAUGACCCGCUCCACUCGCCCAUCGACUGCCUCGUCAUCACCACAAAGUGCGACGCCACCCUCGCCGCGCUCCGCCCGCUGCUGCCCCGCAUCCACCCCUGGAGCACCGUCGUCCUCAUCCAGAACGGCAUGGGCGUCAUGGACACCCUCCUCGACCGCUGCUUCCCGGACCCGGAAACGCGGCCAAACUUUGUCCUCGCCACCACCACCCACGGCGUGUGGAAAAAGGCGCCCCUCAACGUCGUCCACGCUGGCAUCGGCGAGCUCCACUUUAGCGUCGUGCCCAGCCCGCGCGGCGGUGCACAGGGGUUAGAGAUGGAGCUCGAGGCCGAGAUGGCGCAGCGCUCCAUCGCAGCAGCAGCAGCGGCGGCGACCGAGGGGCAGGAUCUUCCGCCAUUACGCAAGACGGCGGGGACCGGGUGGGACAAGUUUGCAGCGGCGGCCGAGGAGGAGGCGCGGUCCGAACAAGCCUCGUCGUCGGCAGUGGCAUCGAGGGGGAUACCGGGGCAGACGGCAGCGGACACGACGACGGCGACGGCGACAGCAUCAACAACGGACUCGACCGCAGCAGCACCACUACAACCGCUGCUCGACGUCGGCGGCAUCCCCGACGUGGCGAGCCUGCGGACGCUGCGGCAUACCGUCUCUUCGCUGCUGGCGCUGCCGCUCAACGUGCAGUGGAUCCCGGUGCGCGAGUACCAGCUCAAGGCGCUGCGGAAGCUGGCCAUCAACGCGUGCAUCAACCCGCUGACGGCGCUGGCCGACUGCAAGAACGGCGACCUGUACGCCAACGAGUCGGCCAUGGACGCCAUGUGGUCGGUGUGCGUCGAGAUCUCGGCCGUCCUCGAGGCGCAGGUGCGCGACCAUCUGGCCCGUCAUCAGCGAAGGAGGGGAUCGAGAGGUGGGAAGAAUCGCAAGCGUUCCGGUAGCAGUGGCAGUGCUGCGACAAAAGCAGCGACGUCGACGACGGCGGUGCAGGGGGAGGAGCGGGGGCAGGUGGCAGUGAAGAGUCGACUUCCACCUGCCUCUUCGCUCUCGACUGCGGAUCUACUGAUGCGGAUUGGGGAGGACGGACGACCGGCGCUGGAUCCGAGUCUGACGGCGCGCUCGCUGUACAACGACGUGCAGCGCGCCAUCCGCACCACGGCCAACAACUGGUCCUCGAUGCACGCCGACGUCAAGGCGCGCCGCGGCUCGACGGAAAUCGACUACAUCAACGGCUACGUAUCCGCCCUCGGCCGCGGCUACGGCGUCGAAACGCCCGCAAACGACCUCCUCACCAACCUCGUCAAACUCAAGACUGUCAAACUCACCGGUUCUUAG